AUAACCAGACAUGUCAACGUAGCGCUUAUACCCUCUGUACACGGCAUUUUAAUCAGUAACCGUUUAAAUAAAAAGAUGGCCGCAAACACAACCCCUUCCAAUCAGCGUUCGAGUUCCCAUCUGUUGCUAGGCAGAUUAUGUUAAUAUAUGCAAUGCUGCCAUCUCUGCAGCUACCAUUCUGAGUGCCCUGUCCAUAGGAGACAUCAAUGUGCUUCAGGUACCUGUGUGAGCUUGUAAAGUUAAAGAGAUCCUACUGAGAACAGAGACGCCAUGGAGUCCAAGCAAGAGGGAGGCUUGGUCUGGAGCCAGGCCUCAGAGCACGACCAAAACAACCACACACAGGUGCACUUCGAGGGGGGUGCGGUGGCUCAGAUCGUGUACAGUGAUGGGCAGGACCGCCAGCAGCAGCAGCAGGUGGUCUACACUGCGGACGGGAGCUCCUACACCUCCGUGGACACGGCCGAGCACACGCUGGUGUACAUUCACCCCAGCGACGGGGGGCAGGCGGUGUUUGCUGACCAGUCCCAGGUGGCGUACAUACAGCAGGAUGGCACGACUCAGCAGGUUACAGUGCUCCUGCCCAGCAGUCAGAAUAUGAACACCGCCAAUCUGCACGUGCUCAGUAGCGUGGCCGACGCCCCCCAGCACAUGGGGGUGGAGCCUGUCUCUCAGGCGGAGCUCUCUGUGUCAAACUCCUCCCUGCCCUCCAUGGUGAGUGUGGGGGUCUCCUCCAGCCCCCUCGGGCCCCUGGGGGCCCCCGAUUCAGCUCUGGACUCUGAUGGAGAGGAGGAUGAGGAUGAGGAUGAAGGAGAGGACUCGGAGCUGGAUGACUGGGAGCCGGGGCCUCCCGUGCCCUUCACCCCCAACGACCUGUGGUGUGAGGACUGUAACAAUGCCCACCCCUCGGUGUGUCUGAAGCACGGGACCCUGCACCCCAUCCCUAACCGUCCGGUUCUGUCCAAGGCCCGCGCCAGCCUGCCGCUGGUUCUGCACGUGGACCGCUUCGCGGGCGGCGUGUUCUCCAAGAGACGCAUUCCCAAGAGGACCCAGUUCGGGCCCGUGGAGGGGCCGCUGGUCCGGCAGUCCGAGCUCAAAGACCACUACAUACACCUCAAGGUAUCCGCGCAGGACAGUGUGAAGGAAGGGGAGAAGGGGGAGGACCUGUGGUUGGAGCUAUCGGACGAGGAGCGCUGUAAUUGGGCCAUGUUCGUUAGGCCCGCCCAGAACCACCUGGAGCAGAACCUGGUGGCCUAUCAGUACGGCCGAGACAUCUACUACACAACCAUCAAGAACAUCGAGCCCAAACAGGAGCUGAAGGUGUGGUACGCUGCCUCCUACGCUGAGUUUGUGAAUCAGAAAGUCCACAACGUCACUGAGGAGGAGAGGAAAGUGCUGCGUGAGCAGGAGAAGAACUGGCCCUGCUACGAGUGUAACCGGCGCUUCAUGAGCUCCGAGCAGCUGCAGCAGCACCUCAACAUGCACGACGACAAGCUGGACUUUAUCAGCAGAGCUAAGGGCCGGAAUCGGGGACGAAGCCGAAAGAGGUUCGGGCCGGGCAGGAGGCCGGGGCGCCCCCCGAAAUUCAUGCGCCUCGAUACCUCCGGAGAGAACAGCGAGGAGAGGAGUCAGGAGCUGCUGGAGUUCCCAGUGAAGGGUCAGUUCAAGGUGAGCGAGGGCACUCCCAACGGGCUGAAGUCUGAAGACCCCCACCCCCAGGAGCCGCAGCCGGAGAGCCCUGCCCAGACAGAGGAGGGGCAGGAUCAGGAGCAGGGGCAGCCAGCCGCGGAGCCCCAGAAAGAGGAGCCCGACCCCCCUCCCACAGAGACACACCUCUCCGCAGAGGACAUGAGGCGGGCCAGGCGCAUUCGGAACGCAGCUCUGCAGCACCUCUUCAUCCGCAAGACUUUCCGGCCCUUCAAGUGCUUCCAGUGUGGGAAGGCGUUCCGGGACAAGGAGAAGCUGGAGCAGCACCUGCACUGCCACGGGCGGGAGGGGAACUGCCCCCUGACCUGCAACAUCUGCAACAAGGGCUUCCUGAACAGCAGCGCGCUGGACAGCCACAUGAAGGUGCACUCCGACCACAAGACCUACUCCUGCCUCUUCUGCGCUGACUACUUCGACAGGCUGGACCUGCUGAAGGAGCACGUGGGGGUGCACCUGUGCGACGGGCACUACACCUGCCCCUCCUGCAAGAAGCGCUUCCCAGACUUCAUACAGGUGAAGAAGCACAUGCGCAGCUUCCACUCUGAGAAGGUCUACCAGUGCACGGAGUGUGACAAGGCGUUCUGCCGGCCGGACAAGCUGCGGCUGCACAUGCUGCGCCACUCCGACCGCAAGGACUUCCUGUGCUCCACCUGCGGCAAGCAGUUCAAGCGGAAAGACAAGCUGCGGGAGCACAUGCAGAGAAUGCACAACCCCGAGAGAGAGCGGGCGAACCGCACGCACCGCACCAAAACCCUCAAGCAGAAGAUCCCCGCUGACUUCGAGAGCUACAUGUUCAAGUGCCGCGUGUGCAUGAUGGGAUUCCGCCGAAGAGGCAUGCUGGUGAAUCACCUGUCUAAGAGGCACCCUGAGAUGAGGAUAGACGAGGUGCCAGAGCUCACCCUGCCCAUCAUCAAACCCAACCGGGACUACUUCUGCCAGUACUGCGACAAGGUUUACAAGAGCGCCAGCAAGCGGAAAGCCCACAUCCUGAAGAACCACCCCGGCUCCGAGCUCCCUCCCAGCAUCCGCAAGCUGCGUCCGGCCGGCCCGGGGGAGCCUGACCCCAUGCUGAGCACCCACACCCAGCUGACCGGCACCAUCGCCACUGCCCCAGUGUGCUGCCCGCACUGCUCCAAGCAGUACAGCAGCAAGACCAAGAUGGUGCAGCACAUUCGGAAGAAGCACCCCGAAUUCGCCCAGCUCGCCAACGCCAUCCCGGCUCCCAUGGCAACGACGGUGAUCAGUGGCACGCCCACGGUCAUCACCACGGACGGGACCACCACGGAGGCUGUCGUGACUACAGACCUGCUGACCCAGGCCAUGACAGAGCUGUCCCAGACCCUCACCACAGACUACAGGACCGCCCAGGGAGACUACCAGAGGAUCCAGUACAUCCCAGUGUCUCAGGGCAAUGGGGGCCUGGCCCAGCCCCAGCACAUCCAGCUGCAGGUGGUGCAGGUAGCACAGGCGUCCUCCCCUCAUCAGUCCCAGCACUCCACUGUGGAUGUGAGCCAGCUCCACGACCCUCACAGCUACACACAGCACGCCAUCCAGGUGCAGCACAUCCAGGUGACUGAGCAGGCAGCCUCCGCACAGACACCUGGGCAGGUUGCCGGGCAGCCUCUAAGCCCCUCCUCCCAGCAGAACCCUCAGGAGCUGAGCCCCGUCCACAUGCAGAGCCACGCCCUGCAGUCACAACAGCAGGGGGCAGUGCAGCACACGUACCUGCCCAGCACGUGGAACUCCUUCAGGAACUAUUCCUCGGAAAUUCAGAUGAUGGCGAUCCCUCACACGCAGUAUGUCAUUGCAGAAGCAGGCGCUCCAGUGUCAGCAGUGAACUCUGGACAGGUCAAGGCAGUGGCACAGACCCACUACGUCAUUGCCGAGCAGUCGGAUCUGGACCCCAAGCAGCAAGGGGUACCCCAAAACACAACAUCCGUUCACAGCGAGCCCCUGGAUCAGCAAACCACCAAUCAGCAGCAGACCACCCAGUACAUCAUCACUACAACCACCAAUGGGAACGGGAACAGCGAAGUGCACAUCACCAAACCCUGACACACCAAGCCCCCUGGAGUCCCAAAGCUGUGAAAAGAUCUCUGGUUGGGACCUGCUUUGUUAAUACAUUGUGAAGGGUCUGCUCCACAGAGAAGGAAUGUAUGUAUUUAUGUAACGCUCUGUUACGUUUCUCUGCCGCACCCAUUGUUGUAAAAACCUUCAAUGUGAAUUGCAGUGAUUGCUUCUUCAUUACAAGCAUGCUGGACUGCAGGGUUUGGACCGUGGCUUCAGGAGAAACACAGUGGACACACGCAGAUCAGCUCCACCAGGAACACAUGGAUUUAUUGUGCUGGAUUGUAAGAAUUCUUCUGUAACGAGGUUUCCAGUAAGGGUUAGAGGUGCAGUUUGUUAAAUCUAGGAUCGCAGUGACAGGUUGUAAAUAUUUCUUUUAAAUGUACAGUGGGGCACAAACCACAACGUGCAGAUUUCAAUGUCAUGUAAAAAAAAAAAAAAAAAUAUUAGCAAACUGUUCCCAACACGACUGACAAACAAGAAGCCCUGCAAUAAAAAUGUGUGUUUUUAUUUA